AGGGACCAGCGCGCUGGGGUUGGAGGGGAGGGGUUCAGGAGGGUCUCUUCGCCGGAGGCGGCAGCGGGGCGGGCGCGGGGGAGGCGCGGCGGGGCGCCUUUAUGGCUCGGAGCAGAAGGAUCCGGGGCUGAACGCCCUGCCCGCCCAUGGAACUCGCGCCGGUGGCGGUAGCAGUCAUAGCGGCCACUCAAGGGGCGCCGGGAGAAGACAAGGCAACUGUGGAGACGCCGCCGAUUAUCUACACGAUGGAGAACAAGCCCAUCGUUACCUGUGCUGGUGAUCAGAGCCUUUUCAGUUCUCUGUAUCCAACACUUUCUCAGCAGCUUCCAAAAGAGCCCAUGGAAUGGAGACGGUCAUAUGGACGGGCCCCUAAGAUGAUCCAUCUGGAAUCUAAUUUUGUACAAUUUAAAGAAGAGCUACUACCUAAAGAAGGGAACAAAGCUCUUCUGACAUUUCCUUUUCUCCAUAUUUAUUGGACAGAAUGUUGUGAUACAGAAGUAUAUAAAGCUACUGUAAAAGAUGACAUCACCAAGUGGCAGAACGUUCUGAAAGUUCAUAGUUCAAUGGAUUGGUUAAUUGUUGUAGUUGAAUGUGAUGCCAAGAAAAAAAACAAAACAAAUAUCCUUCCUCGAACGUCUAUAGUAGAUAAAAUACGAAAUGAUUUCUGUAAUAAGCAAAGUGACAGAUGUGUAGUUCUAUCUGAUCCUUUGAAAGACACUUCCCGCUCUCAGGAAUCCUGGAAUGCCUUCUUGACAAAACUUAGGACACUUCUUCUCAUGUCCUUUACCAAAAACCUAGGCAAAUUUGAGGAUGACAUGAGAACUUUGAGAGAGAAGAGGACAGAACCAGGGUGGAGUUUUUGUGACUAUUUUAUGGUCCAGGAAGAAUUGGCUUUUGUAUUUGAAAUGCUUCAGCAAUUUGAAGAUGCCUUGGUACAAUAUGAUGAACUGGAUGCCCUAUUUUCUCAAUAUGUUGUCAAUUUUGGUGCUGGUGAUGGGGCAAAUUGGUUGACUUUUUUUUGUCAGCCAGUACGAAGCUGGAAUGGGUUGGUUCUUCGUAAACCAAUAGAUAUGGAAAAAAGAGAAUUGAUUCAAAACCAGGAAGCCACUCUGUUAGAUCUGCGCAGUUACCUUUUUUCUCGUCAAUGCACAUUACUGAUCUUUCUUCAGAGACCAUGGGAAGUAUCUCAGCGAGCACUAGAACUUCUUCAUAAUUGUGUGCAAGAGCUAAAGCUUCUUGAAGUCUCUGUUCCUCCUGGGGCUUUGGAUUGUUGGGUUUUCUUAAGCUGCCUUGAGGUUUUGCAAAGAAUAGAAGGUUGUUGUGAUCGGUCUCAAAUUGAUUCUAAUGUUUCCCACACAGUUGGAUUAUGGAGUUAUGCCACUGAAAAGUUGAAAUCUUUGGGGUACUUAUGUGGACUUGUGUCAGAAAAAGGUCCCAAUUCAGAAGAUCUUAACAGAACAGUUGAUCUUUUGGCAGGUCUCGGAGCUGAGCGUCCUGAAACAGCCAAUACAGCACAGUCUCCUUAUAAGAAACUCAAAGAAGCUUUAUCAUCUGUAGAAGCUUUUGAAAAGCAUUAUUUGGAUCUUUCUCAUGCUACUAUUGAAAUGUACAAAAAUAUUGGAAGAAAUCGCUCAGCAAAGCUUGUUGGAAAGGAUCUGGCAGAGUUUUACAUGAAAAAGAAGAGUCCUCAAAAAGCUGAGGUUUAUCUUCAAGGUGCAUUAAAAACUUACCUUGCUGAAGGAUGGACAUUGCUUAUUACACAUACACGAAAGCAAUUAGCAGAAUGUCAGAAGCACCUUGGACAAAUUGAAAACUAUCUUCAGACAAGCAGUCUUUUAGCUGGUGAUAAUAACUUAACUGAAGAAGAGCAGAAGCAUUUUUGCCAAGAAAUACUAGAUUUUGCCAAACAACCCUCAGAAACCGAAGGGCAGAAAGUUAUGCUGUCCAUGCAUUCCUUCGCACAGUUGAAGAAUCUACAUUUUGAUCCUCCUAAUGCUGUGGUUCAUGUGGGUGGAACCCUAUCUAUUGAACUGACGCUAGUAAAUCUGAUGCCGGUCUCAGUGAAUGUGGAUCACAUUGCUAUUAAUGUCCAUUUCAGCAUUGAAAAAAAUAGCUACCGGAAGACAGCUGAAUGGCUUACGAAGCACAAGACUUCCAAUGGUAUUAUCAACUUUCCAAAUGAAAUUGUAGGUGUCUCUCUUUCAAGAAGUGGCUUACAAGGGCUGGAGUUGUAUGAAAUGUAUGAGAGAAGUCCCUCGGAUAAUUCUUUGAACACAACAGGGAUCAUCUGCAAAAAUGUGCAUAUGCUGUUACGAAGGCAGGAGAGCAGCUCUUCACUGGAAAUACCUAUAGGGCUGACUCUGGAGGAUGGGGCCCAUGUAUUAAAAUGUAGCAAUUUAAUACUGGAACCAGGGAUUAAUAAAAUAACUUUCAGAACCCAGGGCAAAGAACCUGGAACAUAUACACUCAGGCAGUUAUGCAUUUCAGUGGGCAAAAUGCAAUUUGCCCUACUUCAUAUUUAUCCAAUUGUGCAGUAUGAUAUCUAUUCUCAGGAGCCACAGCUAAAAGUGGAACCAUGUACUGAUAGCCUUUUAGCUGGCAUUCCUCAGAAGGUAAAAUUUACAGUGACUACUGGCCACUAUACUAUAAAGAGUGGAGAUGCACUACAACUAAGUAAUGCUGAUGCCAUGCCUGUCUUGUACCAUCCUGAAAGCAAAGCUGUGAUUUAUUCAAACACCCAAGAAAAGGUAUCAGAAGCAUCAUUAGCUGUUCAGUCAUCUGAAAAAAUCACAAGUAUCAGUUUACCAAUGAUUCCUGCAUAUCAUGUGAUUACCUUUGAACUUGAAGUUUUAUAUUCGCCAUCAGUCCCAAUAUGUAUGAUGGAAAAUGAGAAUCUAUCAAGUAAAGAGUGUAGGAAAAAAGGCAAAGAGAAAGAAAUGUCUUACAAUAGCAUGACUACAAUUGAUCAAAAGGUAACCAUUGAUUGUCCAUGGUCAAUUUACUCCACUAUUAUUUCACUUACCUUCAGUGUACCUUUUAAAGCCAAACAUUCGUUAUUAUCAGCAGGCAUAAGGAAAUAUAUACAAAUAUGUGUGCAGAACAUGUCAGAAAUCUGUUUUCAAUUCUAUGACAAUAAUCUCAAAUGUUCUGACAUUUACAUAGAUUUAAGUCUUCAACCUCUAAAUCCUAAAGCUGAACAGCACAUCUACAGUAAGCAAGCAAUAUUUUUUGUCUGGGAACUGAAGUGGACAAAAGAGCUUCCCCCAUCAUUGCAGUGCAUAUUUUCAAUGAACUUUUGUUCUGCAUUAUCGGAGGAUCACUCCUUUUCUAUGAUGCCAUACACUUAUGAAUUCCAGCUGGAAAACUUUUUUACAUUGUAUAAUGUGAAAGCUGAGAUUUCCCCCCCAUUGGGGGCAGAAUAUUGUAAAACAGGCUCGCUCUGUUCAUUGGAAGUGUCAAUUACCCGUCUUUUAGACCUCCUGGAUGUGGAUAAAGAUGAAGCAUUAACAGAAAUGGAUGGAUACUGUACAACCAAACUGAUGUAUGAAGUUGUGGAUGACAGUAGUAACUGGGCAGUCUGUGGAAAGAGCUCAGGGGUAAUAUCUAUGCCAGUAGCAGUUCAAGCAACCCAUAAAGUGCAUAUGGAAGUAAUGCCCCUCUUUGCUGGAUACCUCCCUUUUCCUGAUGUUAAACUAUUUAAAUAUCUCCCUCAUCACUCUGCUCACUUUAUGCAACUUGAUGCUGAUAGCUGGAUUGAAAAUGAUAAUCUCUCUGUGGAUAAAAAUAUGGAUGAUCAAGCUGACAACAGUAGCAUAAAGAGCAGAGGCAGCAUACAUUCAACAACCAGUGCAGAACACAAAGGUUUGCCCAUGCCCCGACUUCAAUCAUUUUCCCCUGGACAGGUCUUCAAUUCCAGUUCUGGCAUGCAAAUCCUUGUCAUUCCCAGCAAAGAUGAUCACAUUUUAGAAGUCAAUGUCACAUGACGUUUCUCUGUAGAUGUGUAGAAAUAUGCACAUGAGACUUGAAUAUAAAUGCACUU